AUGAACGGAUCUGCCAACCGAGAGAGCGGAGGAGAGGUAAGAAAAGAUGCAUGAAGCAGUACGUUAGGGGGUAGGGGCUAGGGGGUAGGGGCUAGGGGCUAGGGGCUAGGGGCUAGGGUGUAGGGGGUAGGGGCUAGGGGCUAGGGGGUAGGGGGUAGGGGGUAGGGGAUAGGGGCUAGGGGGUAUGGGCUAGGGUCUAGGGGCUAGGGGGUAGGGGCUAGGGGGUAGGGGCUAGGGAAUACCUGGGAUAGGAUAAAGUAAUCCUUCUACCCCCCCUUACCCCACCCCAAAGAAAAAAGAAGAAAAAAAACAUAUUGUAAAGUGGUUAUCCCACUGGCUAUAAGGUGAAUGCACCAAUUUGUAAGUCGCUCUGGAUAAAAGCGUCUGCUAAAUGACGUAAAUGUAAAUGUAAUGUAAUGUACGUUAACUGCAAGAGGCCAGCCCUAAAGGUGCUGCAUGGUCAAUCUGACGCCUGCAUUGGCCGUUACAAAAUUUGAGAGGCACAUGGCGAUGCGGUACGGAGCUCAAUUUGGCCUGUGAGUGCCUCUGGAGGCUCCGCGAUUGCGUCACACCAUCCAUACGGCGCCUCCGACCACAUUUUCGGAUCAAGCAUAAAUUGUCUCUAACCCUUGAGGAAAUCAAGGGCUUUUUCAUAAAAAUAUCUAUUCCGCAGCCUACUGCAGCUCGGUUACAUUGUAACCUAAUCAUUGUAGCCUACCAUUUAUAGGCUACAAUGUAACCAUUUCUCGCUAUGCUGGAAGCUUAUUGGUACUUCAUUUAUUGAUAUCUUACAUUCCGGGAUGUAACUUUUGUGAGUGUGGGGCUUCAACAGACCAGUUUGUUGGGAACAACAUUGGCAUGAGCAGCAAUAGUGGAAUCGGCGGUUCGCCUUCAAAAUAAAUGUCCCCCAUUGAAACUAAUAAAAAUAGUGGAAUCAUGCCACAAUUAGACUAGAUAAUGCUAAACAAGUUUGGAAUGUUGUUAUAAAAAUUCAACAAAAUACAAUUAUUAGUUCAUUUGACACAAAACGUAAAAAUAUGAUGAAAUUGCAUUGUGGAUGUAUUUACUUCAGAAUUGCAAUGGGGGCAUACUUAUAUUGGAAUGUACAGCCUUAACUAUUGGAUCUUGGGACCAUUAAAUGGGGUACCAGCCUACUCAGUGACACCCACAGAGUACAAUUCUAAAGAGUUUACACAAAUAUUAGCAUCGUAGCUCUUACUGUGGGAAUUUAACUGUGGAAAUUCACCUCACUAUUCAACCUAUUGUGCACAUUGAACAUUCAUAUGUGACCGACCGGCUCGAUUUGGUCUUAUGUAGCAAAAUUUGAGACUCAGAGCUAUAAAAAAGGUAUAUCAUACAUACACUACAGUUGAGGAACAAUGGGAAUGUAAUUCUGCUUUGAAAGUUGAUCAACUUGUAACCUUACUUUUGAGAAAAUGGCCCUUGAAUGUUUUGGGACACCUACUGGAGAGCUCUUCUUUGUCUACACCCAUUCAGCAUUGUUCACACACUCUUGAGCCUUAGCCCCAUCCAUCUCUUUAAGGAUUCACGUGAGGCUAAACAGUGAGUACAGUAGUGUACUAAACAACCAAAGAUUUCAAGACUAAAGGCUGAUUUAUACUAUGUCUAUGUCUGUAUACAGUUGUCACAGUGAUAUCAUUAACAUUCUAUUGUCGUCCGACAUCAAACUUGUCAUUAUCGUUAUGAAAAAUAAUAAACACAAAAACGACAGGCAGCAUGACAUCAGCAGCCUGGUGGUCCAAAAUAGCAUAACUGAUGUAUUUUAACAUUAAUAAACCCAUCCGUUUAAAAAUGAAUUGAGUAUAUGUCAAUCUAGCAAACCAGGAACUAAAAGCAACUUUCUAAACAAUGUUUUGUUUAGUUUCUAGCUUGUUAGCUAGCUAAUGUUAAGUUAGCUGGCUAGCCAGUUGAAAUAAUGACCAUAUCAUAUCAUAUACAGUGGGGAGAACAAGUAUUUGAUACACUGCCGAUUUUGCAGGUUUUCCUACUUACAAAGCAUGUAGAGGUCUGUAAUUUUUUAUCAUAGGUACACUUCAACUGUGAGAGACAGAAUCUUAAACAAAAAUCCAGGAUGGGGCCAUGUAUCGCGAGAUCUUGGCCAACAACCUCCUUCCUUCAGUAAGAGCAUUGAAGAUGGGUCGUGGCUGGGUCUUCCAGCAUGACAACGACCGACACACACAGCCAGGGCAACUAAGGAGUGGCUUCGUAAGAAGCAUCUCAAGGUCCUGGAGUGGCCUAGCCAGUCUCCAGACCUGAACCCAAUAGAAAAUCUUUGGAGGGAGCUGAAAGUCCAUAUUGCCCAGCGACAGCCCCAAAACCUGAAGGAUCUGGAGAAGGUCUGUAUGGAGGAGUGGGCCAAAAUCCCUGCUGCAGUGUGUGCAAACCUGGUCAAGACCUACAGGAAACGUAUGAUCUCUGUAAUUGCAAACAAAGGUUUCUGUACCAAAUAUUAAGUUCUGCUUUUCUGAUGUAUCAAAUACUUAUGCAUACUCAGUGACUCAGUGACACUCACAGAUUAGAAUUCUAAAGAGUUUACACAAAUAUUAGCGUUUUAGCUUUUAAUGCGGGACUCUGAAACCACUGUGAAAUGAGCAACAUUAAGCUCACCAGUCAACCAGUUCAUACUUUAUUAGGGCUGACCCCAUUUAGUCGAAUGGUAGAUUGUUUGGUUGAUAGACUGUUUUGAGCAGUCUCAAAUAUAUAUUUCUUAUGGCACACGAGACACCUGUCUGAUUCACGCCUGUCUCAGUGGACUAAUCCAUUGUGGAGGCCGCCGGGAUGGCACACCUGUAUCACCAGUAGUACAUUUACUGUUAAUUCCAAUAAUUUCUACUCUACAAUGUUUGUUUGGUUAUGGUAAUUUCUGUUCAUGUAUUCAAUAUAUUAUUAUUACAGUAUUUUACCGUUCUCAUUGUUGGAGUGGACAUGUUGUUUGCGGACCGCACAACCAAGGUUACAAUUGUGAGGAUCAAGACCGUGGGGCAUAGAAGAAGAAAGCCGGAUUGACGCACAUUUAACAAAUAUGAUCUAAAAAAGUGGAUAUUCGUCUAUGAUUGAUAUAUUGUAAUAGGCCCACAAUGUGGUUACUAAAGUCAGAUGUUGAUAUAUUAGGCUUCUUUUUUUAGCUGCAUAACAGUCCCUUUUCAGGUUUAGAAGAAGUGAAUGCUAAAUGCUUAUUCCUGUCAGUAUAAGCUGGUAGCGUAGCUAGCAUACAUAAAUCGGUGGUGGUAGACAAAGUCGUUUUUAACUGUAAUGCAGUUCAUUGGUGACAAUGACAUUAACAUGUAUUGGGGUUGACAUCAGUGGAGGCUCCUCAGAGGAGGAAGGGGGAGAAGCAAAAGACUGAGAGCUAGCUAUAUUUUGUUAUAUAUUUUCCCACUUUCACUUUCAGUACUUAUGUAGCGAAUGCAGCUAGCUAGUUUAGCCUACUCAAACAGAGAUGGAUGCUAUGUUAGCUAGCUGGCUAUCCAACACUGGAACUCUUCCUAGUCAAGGUAAGCUUUUGGUUUUAUUAAUUGCCACUGGGGACCGCCGGUGUAACUGCUAAACUGAUUGCUGCUAACUGUACACUGUACUGUAUGAUUGAAGCGGGUUUACAACGCCUUAGUUCUAGUAGCUAUGUUGGAGUAUGACAUUAAUAUGGUGACAACGAUGUAGGCUGUGUGUAGCGGUUAGUGGGUUAUGAUAUGAAGGUUUGGUUUGGAAAGGUUUUUUCGCCUGGUCACAGACAGCUGAUGUGUUGUGCACUGAAGUCAACAGGCGAAGGGAAAAGGUUAGAGGAGGAGAGUGCAUAGAUGCGAGAAGGAAUUAUACAAGAAUCAAAGUGUGAUCAGGGAUGUAUUCAUUCCACCAAUUCUGUUGAAAAACGUUUCUUAAACAGAAGCAAACGGAAUGAAACGGGGAUAAACAUACCUGAAUUUGUCCAAUAGAAACUCUUGUUUGCAAUAGUUGGACUAAUGAUUACACCCUAGAUCAGCUAGAUGCAGGCAAGAGUGUGCAAGGCGGUAUUGAAUGUGUCAAUGUCUGUCACCUUGAUUACUCAAAUUUCUCUUGACCUGUGCACCUACGUUGUAAACUUAGGCUAGGUUGUAGCAACCUCAUGAUGGGUAUAGGGAAAAUGUGAGUAUCAUGUAGUAGCCUAAACCUAUCGAUGUUACAUUGAGCUGGGUGAAUGGAAUAUGAAUAACAGUCAUCCAAUAUGCUUUAAUAGAAAUAAGGCCAUGCUCAUAAACCGCCACCGGUUGACAUCCAUACAAUCAUUAUACUCUUUACCUGAAUUUUGCUUGGGGGCAAUGAGGAGAUUUGGGAUCUUUCCCCCACGCCUUUCCAUUGUUUUGGUCAAGUUCCGUUGACCUCUUUACUGCAUUUAUUGCAAUUUUGAAGUCUAUACAUCCACAGUUCGAUGUCAACAGAUUUUUAUUGUCUUUUGUUGAAUGUAUAUGUGACCCGUUUCAGGAAGCUAGGCGUGUGUCGCACGUCACUACUUCACAGGAGGCAUUUGAACGUACAUAAAAAAUAUAAAUAUAACAAAUACAAUGGACCUACUCGUAGCCUAUGGGCAUAGUAACCUAGUUUUUACACAUGGUUUUACACGUAGUAACUACGCAGUAUGCUCGUGAAAAUUGUUAUCCUUUGAAGUAAGCUACAAUGACUGAAACAUGCCUGACAUUAUGCUUUUUUGAAUUGUCCCGGCCCUAAACAGCAGAUAUUUAAUGAGAUUGUGAGCAUAGUCAAUGGUCCUGUUGGUGGCCCCAGCAUCAGCCAAAGGCGCAUAGACUUAUUUUGGAAAGUUAACAAAAGGUCUAUAUGGAUAGUUAAAUGCCACAAAUUAAAUGUUAAAUACAGAACCAUGUUUAGAAUUGUGUGGCUUUUAUGGGAGGGUGUGUAGCAACUGAUAAUAACUGCCAAAAAAUGUAAUAGCUGCUAAUAAUGUAAUAACUUUUGCAUUUAUAAUGUAAUACACUAAACAAAAAUAUAAAUGCAACAUUUAAAAAUAUUUUCAUAUAAGCAAAUCAGUCAAUUUAAAGAAAUUCAUUAGGCCCUAAUCCAUGGAUUUCAUGACUGGGAUUACAGAUAAGCAUAUGUUGGUCAAAGAUACCUUUAAAAAAAGGUAGGUGUAAUGAAUACUCAGGGAGAAAAAGGUGUAGAUUCACGCGCAGAGCGUGGCAGGUGUUUAUUUCGCCUUCGCAAAAGGCAGGAAUCGUGGUCACAGGCAGGCAAUGGUCAUACACAGGUAGACAAACAGGCAGGAGAAUCAAAAACUAGGACUGAAGGCUCACAAACGAGCUAGAAAAAGGCUUAGUAGAGUCAAAACAAACAAUACCUCACAAGGCACAAACAGAAUGAACGGAACUAAAUAAGGAGCUAAUGAGACCAGGUGAGUAACUAACACAGGUGAAAUCAAUGAACAAAAAUGAAAGACAGGGCUACGUUCAAGAACACAAAGAAACAAGGCUACGUUCAAGAACACAAGGUUGACUAAGAAAAUAAAUACAGAACCUUACGUUAGGAGCGUGGAUCAGAAAACCAAACACUAUCUGGUGUGACCACCAUUUGUCUUAAAGUAAUGAUGGACUGUCUUUUCUCUUUGCUUAUUUGAGCUGUUCUUGCCAUAAUAUGGACUUGGUCUUUUACCAAAUAGGUCUAUCUUCUGUAUACCACCCCUACCUUGUCACAACACAACUGAUUGGCUCAAACGCAUUAAGAAGGAAAGAAAUUCCACAAAUUAACUUUUAACAAGGCACACCUGUUAAUUGAAAUGCAUUCCAGGUGACUACCUCAUGAAGCUGGUUGAGAGAAUGCCAAGAGUGUGCAAAGCUGUCAUCAAGGCAAAGGGUGGCUACUUUGAAGAAUCUAAAAUACAAAAUAUAUUUUGAUUUGUUGAACAUUUUUUGGUUACUAUAUGAUUCCAUAUGUGUUAUUUCAUAGUUUUGAUGUCUUCAUUAUUAUUCUACAAUGUAGAAAAUAGUUUAAAAAAAAAGAAAAACCCUUGAAUGAGUAGGUGUGUCCAAACUUUUGACUGGUACUAUAUGUUAGUACACUUAGAUCAAUGUGUGUGGAAGACUUUUGAAAAAAUAUAUAUAUUCUACCGAGAUACUAAGUCGUUCAAAUGAGAUUCUAAGUCGUUUGAAUGACUUUAUCUCGUUUGAACUACUUAAUUGUUCUUAAGUCUAAUUAGGCCUCAUUUGUUAUGCAGCUUGUCAGACCGUGUAAUGGUUGCUGCAGCUAUUCAUUCACUGAUUCCAUCCAUUGAUAUGAAUAUUCAUUGCCAGUUCUUUGAUAGCCUAAAGCAGGGCUGCUUUUGAAUGCGAGGAGCAGAGCGUAAUUCGAGCAGAUUUAAAAAAUGGUGUCUGCCUUCUCUCCCGCUCUGCCUAGCAUUUUUUCGUUUCUUUUAUCACUAUUCUUUACCACUAUUCUUUUAAUAACUGUGACCCACACCCACAGUAGCAUAUAUAUAGUUUAUAUUCUACUUUCUAACACUAAGAUACAGUGGGGGAAAAAAGUAUUUAGUCAGCCACCAAUUGUGCAAGUUCUCCCACUUCAAAAGAUGAGAGAGGCCUGUAAUUUUCAUCAUAGGUACACGUCAACUAUGACAGACAAAAUGAGGAAAAUCAAAAUCCAGAAAAUCACAUUGUAGGAUUUUUAAUGAAUUUAUUUGCAAAUUAUGGUGGAAAAUAAGUAUUUGGUCAAUAACAAAAGUUUCUCAAUACUUUGUUGUAUACCCUUUUUUGGCAAUGACACAGGUCAAAUGUUUUCUGUAAGUCUUCACAAGGUUUUCACACACUGUUGCUGGUAUUUUGGCCCUUUCCUCCAUGCAGAUCUCCUCUAGAGCAGUGAUGUUUUGGGGCUGUCGCUGGGCAACACAGACUUUCAACUCCCUCCAAAGAUUUUCUAUGGGGUUGAGAUCUGGAGACUGGCUAGGCCACUCCAGGACCUUGAAAUGCUUCUUACGAUGCCACUCCUUCAUUGCCUGGGCGGUGUGUUUGGGAUCAUUGUCAUGCUGAAAGACCCAGCCACGUUUCAUCUUCAAUGCCAUUGCUGAUGGAAGGAGGUUUUCACUCAAAAUCUCACGAUACAUGCCCCAUUCAUUCUUUCCUUUACACGGAUCAGUCGUCCUUGUCCCUUUGCAGAAAAACAGCCCCAAAGCAUGAUGUUUCCACCCCCAUGCUUCACAGUAGGUAUGGUGUUCUUUGGAUGCAACUCAGCAUUCUUUGUCCUCCAAACACGACGAGUUGAGUUUUUACCAAAAAGUUAUAUUUUGGUUUCAUCUGACCAUAUGACAUUCUCCCAAUCCUCUUCUGGAUCAUCCAAAUGCACUCUAGCAAACUUCAGACGGGCCUGGACAUGUACUGGCUUAAGCAGGGGGACACGUCUGGCACUGCAGGAUUUAAGUCCCUGGCGGCGUAGUGUGUUACUGAUGGUAGGCUUUGUUACUUUGGUCCCAGCUCUCUGCAGGUCAUUCACUAGGUCCCCCCGUGUGGUUCUGGGAUUUUUGCUCACCGUUCUUGUGAUCAUUUUGACCCCACGGGGUGAGAUCUUGCGUGGAGCCCCAGAUCGAGGGAGAUUAUCAGUGGUCUUGUAUGUCUUCCAUUUCCUAAUAAUUGCUCCCACAGUUGAUUUCUUCAAACCAAGCUGCUUACCUAUUGCAGAUUCAGUCUUCCCAGCCUGGUGCAGGUCUACAAUUUUGUUUCUGCUGUCCUUUGACAGCUCUUUGGUCUUGGCCAUAGUGGAGUUUGGAGUGUGACUGUUUGAGGUUGUGGACAGGUGUCUUUUAUACUGAUAACAAGUUCAAACAGGUGCCAUUAAUACAGGUAACGAGUGGAGGACAGAGGAGCCUCUUAAAGAAGAAGUUACAGGUCUGUGAGAGCCAGAAAUCUUGCUUGUUUGUAGGUGACAAAUACUUAUUUUCCACCAUAAUUCAUAAAAAAUCCUACAAUGUGAUUUUCUGGAUUUUUUUCUCUCAAUUUGUCUGUCAUAGUUGACGUGUACCUAUGAUGAAAAAUACAGGCCUCUCUCAUCUUUUUAAGUGGGAGAACUUGCACAAUUGGUGGCUGACUAAAUACUUUUUUCCCCCACUGUAUGUACUGUAGUUUCUAUUUUGAAGGACUUUCAAUGUAUUAAUGGAUGUUUUAGUUAGGCAAUGCAUAGUCUACUGUAAAAUGUAUUUUCGUUUUUCUUGGAAUUAUUAAUAAUAAAGACUAGUAUGAGCUUAUAAUAAUAAUAAUUGGUCAUUUAGCAGACGCUCUUAUCCAGAGCGACUUACAGGAGCAAUUAGGGUUAAGUGCCUUGCUCAAGGGCACAUCGACAGAUUUUUCACCUAGUGGGCUCGGGGAUUAGAACCAGCGACCUUUCGGUUACUGGCACAACGCUCUUAACCACUAAGCUACCUGCCUCCUGACAAGGAGACCUUUUCCCUCUGUGGGCUGUGUGUGGGACCGGCAGAAAGUCCAGUAGGACAGUGUCACAAGGCUACAUAGUCAUAGGCCUACAUUUCACCACUGCUGGAGGGAAUACACAGCCGUUCUUGAUUGUGAGCUAGAAUGAAAUGUUGAAUGAAAUGUGUACCACGCAAGAGGUAAACAAAGGUUUUCCAUCAAUGGAAUCAAUGAAGGGAGGUAAGGUGAUGUCAUAAGGGAAUCGCUUAGACCGCACUUACCGGUAGGACUAGUUAUCUCACGCGCUCUGGCAGAGAACUAGCCCAUGUGAGUGCUUUAACAGUAGCCUAAACGUACAGUUAAAGUAUCCAUCACCAAUAAAUGAGUGAACUUCAGUGAUAAUAGGCUGGUUUAUGCUGCGAACAACAUGCUUUUAUUAGCCUACUAGAAUCGCAGACAAAAAUAGGUUUGUGAUAGGCCUUCAAUUUAAUGGUUUAACUUGUUAUAGCCUACAGUUCACAAUAACAGGAAAAAAUACAUUUAACCACCUAAAUAAAAUGAAGAGAUAGUAAACUUGAAUGAUGACACUGUUUAAUCUUUAAGGUGUUGGCUAAUGGUUUACUGAAACAUAAGGAAGCUAUCCGAUUUUCAAUAGCUCCGAUGACAACAACCUAUUCAUUUGAUGAUAAGGCAAAGCAGAAAAUAUUGAUUUGAAAGCAUCCUCGAGAAGGAGCGCUUGAGAGGGAGAACAGUCCGUAAUGGAUGGAUUUGGCAGAUGGUUUGCAAAAUAAAUCCUUGCAUUGCAGGGAUCAACUCGCUGUGGCAGUUUUAUGAAAAUAAGCGGAUACUGGCCAAAAUAUUUUCCCAAGUAAAAAAAUAUUUUGAAUGACCAAAACAUCACCCAUAAUAUUUGUACACUAUUAUAAAGCUCAAAUGGAAGAUAUUGUACCUUUUCUCUCAUCUCUAACUACCAGGAAGCCUGAAAGAACAGGCUGAGUGGGCCGGAAGCUUUAAUUCAUGACCUCGCCUUGACUGACAGCUCUUUGAAACACACAAGCAAACAAGUCGGGUACAAGAACCUUCGGGGGACCAUGACAAAACAUCCUAAGAAUGUCCUAAAAACGCCCUCUGAGAUGUCCCCGGGACAAACCAGGAACUACACAAAAACCUCCAGGGGACCAUGAAACAACGUCACAUUAAUAAUUAUUACAUUAUGCGCAAAAACUUUAUUACAUUAUACAUUCAGCAUAUUUAUUACAUAAUCAGCAUUUAUUACAUUAUUGGCAUUUUAUUACAUUAUCAGUUGCUGCAGGGUGCUUUAACACUUUUGACAACAUAGCAUAACCUGCCCUACACAAAGCUUGAUCACUUUUUAGGCCUAUUUCAAAGGCCAUUGUCACUCGAUCCUUGGAACUAUAGGUCAGGGUUUCUACUAUAAGGCCUACAGCUAAUCAAAUAAACAAAUUCAUUCUAGUCCAAAGCCCACCUGUUGAGGAUUAGGGGUGAGAUCAUAACAUGUGCCCUGCCCUGACUUAGGCUACCAACAGCAGGGGAAUCCCAUAAUGCAUGCAACUUGGACAACACAUGAUUUUAUGAAGCCUAGUGACCAUCCUUCAAAAAUUAUGUUGAUGUGGCUAUGUCCGAAAUGGCAGCCUGGCCUAUUCUCUACACAGAGUAUACCAAACGUUAGGAACACCUAAUAUUGAGUUUAAACCAUUUGCAAGACUUUGUCCAGGCCUAUUUCAGACAGUCUAUAAAUAGGGCAGCACAAUGUUUUUUAUGACCUAGGCAAUUUAACACAUCAUCUAAAACAAGCAUAGUGGCUGAAACAGUGCUAUGAGCAACAUAAAGGAGGUGUCCAGUCUGAGACCGCUCUGCUCUGUGAGCAAAGUGACAUCAUGGCCUGGGAUUCUGGAAAUUAUUGACAUUUGGGCCAUGAUGACUAGGUUACUCAGAAAAGUCCUGAAUGAACUCAAUUGAAAACCGUGUGAUCAUCAAGCUUUGUUGUUUUUACCCAUCUGUGUUGAUCUUAAACCUGUGGCUUAAACUCAUUGUUGAGUCUAGUUGUUCAGUUAAAAGCAACAUGAAAGAGCCCACAUGUGAAGCUCACAGUCAAACAACAACAGUUGUUCAGUGGAUGUGCUACCGGUGUAUGAACAAGGGCAGAGGCAGAGAAGAUAAUAAAAAAAGAGAGCUGAAAGGAACUCCCAUCUCUCCAUGAGUAACAACACUACUAGUCAGCAGUGUCUGUUCAGACCUACAAUGAUCUAUUUAUUACUCAACAAUCCCACAGAAGAAGGGUGUCUGGCAUCACAGGAAUUAUGUCACACAGUACAUGUGCUGUAUCUCAGCGUGUUAUAACACUCUGGACAUCAGCAGUAGAGGCAAGUCCCUCCUUGGCCCGAGAGAAAGGGAGGGGGACAGAUAACCAGACAAACGGAGAACAAGGAAGGAAGAUGAGAGGUAAUGGACUAUGAGAAAUGGAAUUUCAGAAAGUUCACCCUUUCAGGUGGCCUAUUUCUAGAACAUUGCCAUAAACACAGCAGUAUGGGAAUCUAGCCCUCAUGAUCAGAAGGACACCAAGAUCGAGUGAGGAAAAUGGCACACACAAAACAGGGCCAUAGAAAAGGAAUGCUAGAGAGAAUGGAAUAAACGAAAGACAAAGACAGAUGAGCGCUGGAAGUUGACGGUUAUAAGGCAGUGAGUGAAAGCAGGCUGCUUCUCAGAGAUAACUAACUGUCCAGUCAUCGCUAUUCUUGGUCACAAGGAGACCUUUUCCCUCUGUGGGCUGUGUGUUUUCAUAGGUGGCGAGAGGCAUGUGGAUGUGGGCUUCUCUGUUUUAUACUGCCAACCUGGGCACAAAGCUGUACUUGUUGGCUGUUGGACGGCCAGACUGGCCAGACCGUACUUCACCCAAAACAACCACUCUAUCCUUUAACCCACACAGAAACCUGGGUAAUGUUUGGGUUAGGGGCCCACUUUUCCAAUGAUGUAACAAUUUAACUGCAUCAUUGUACAGUAAUGCCCUCUCUAUGCCUUUCUGAAUUAGUGGAGAGAGUAAAGCAAAGUAAAGCUGAGUAACCUGGCUCACAGCUGUAGAGGACAUUCUGAACUACUUGAAAUACUUGCAAACUUUCUGAAAGCUGAGACAGAGCAAGAGAUAUAGACACUGUCAUGUGUUGACCACUGAGACAGACAGCAUGACUUCAGUUCUGCUGUAAUGGAUUCCUGGGGUUUACUCUGUUUGCAAAUAAUAGUCAUGAGUGGCACUCAUUAGACCGGCCUUGCUCCUCUCCUCACUGCUGUACUACACAGUGUUAUUACCAUGGCAUAGUAGCACAUACUUUAGGAUAAGUGUUCCCCAGUCCUCCUCACUUGAUAAUAUUGCUAUAUUCUGACAUUAAUACUUCUCAUUAUCAUGCUAUUCAUUACAGGACAAUUACAGUUCCCUCAUGCAAUUAACUUUUAUAACGAAUGGACUAUUACUGAACAGUAUUCACUACUGCUCUACAAUACACUCAAGUAGUACAUGUUAUUUUUUAUUAUUUUAUUUUUAUUUUACCCCUUUUUCUUCCAAAUUGGUAAAUACAGUCUUGUCCCAUCGCUGCAACUCCCGUACGGACUCGGGAGAGGCGAAGGUCGAGAGCCGUGCGUCCUCCAAAACACAACUGAGCCGAGCUGCACUGCCCGCUUAACCCGGAAGUCGCUAGUGCGCGAUGGUACAAGAAUACCCCUGCAUACACACAACAUCCUUCCGCAUCACUUAAGACACAAUAGCACAUCUCUCUACUUUCUACAUGCAUAUUGCCCAACUUCCUCUUGGUUGUCAGUUUCAGUAGCUACACCCUGUUGGAAGGAAAUUGCAGAAGAAACAUGGCACAUUACUUCUAGACCUCUCGUCCUUUCUAGCAGUUAUCAGUGCAACGCCAGCCGUAAUAAUGGCCAUUUCCCACAUAUUAGUCACUAUAGAAAUCCCCAGAAUUUCCCCAUACUUCAACAUCCCUCUCCUCCCCUCACCCCCAAACAUGUUUUCAUGUGCAUGGUCACACUUCCUGUUAAAAGUCCCACAACACUUUCAUUUUCCACAAAUACACAGCAGAGUAAUUGUAGAAAUCCCUAGAAAUUCUCCAUAUUUCUCCAUCAAAUCAAAUGUCAUUUGUCACAUGCUUCGUAAACAACAGGUGUAGACUAACAGUGAAAUGCUUACUUACUAGUCCUUUUCCAACAAUGCAGAGUUAAAGAUAACAUUUUUUUGGUAUAAAAUAUAAAUAUUGAAACAAGGAAUAAAUGCACAGUGAAUAAAGAAUAACAAUAAGAGUAAAAAUAACAUGGCUAUAUACUCAACUGGCAGCUUCAUUAAAUAGUACCCGCAAAACACCAGUCUCAACGUCAACAGUGAAGAGGCGACUCCGGGAUGGUGACCUUCUAGGCAGAGUUGCAAAGAAAACUGGACAGAGGAAGAUUGGGAAAAGGUGUUAUGGACAGACAAAUCGAAGUUUGAGGUGUUCGGAUCACAAAGAAGAACAUUUGUGAGACGCAGACCAAAUGAAAAGAUGCUGGAGGAGUGCUUGAUGCCAUCUGUCAAGCAUGGUGGAGGCAAUGUGAUGGUCUGGGGGUGCUUUGGUGGUGGUAAAGUGGGAGAUUUGUACAGGGUAAAAGGGAUCUUGAAGAAGGCAACACUCCAUUUUGCAACGCCAUGCCAUACCCUGUAGACGGCGCUUGAUUGGAGCCAAUUUCCUCCUACAACAGGACAAUGACCCAAAGCACAGCUCCAAACUAUGCAAGAACUAUUCUAGGUAUUUAGGGAAGAAGCAGUCAGCUGGUAUUCUGUCUAAAAUGGAGUGGCCAGCACAGUCACCGGAUCUCAACCAUAUUGAGCUGUUGUGGGAGCAGCUUGACCGUAUGGUACAUAAGAAGUGCCCAUCAAGCCAAUCCAACUUGUGGGCGGUGCUUCAGGAAGCACGGGGUGAAAUCUCUUCAGAUUACCGCAACAAAUUGACAGCUAGAAUGCCAAAGGUCUUUUUUUUCUCCAUUUUUUUUUCUCACCUUUAUUUAACCAGGUAAGCCAGUUGAGAACAAGUUCUCAUUUACAACUGUGACCUGGACAAGAUAAAGCAAAGCAGUGCGAUAAAAACAACAACAACGCAGUUACAUAUGGAAUAAACAAAAACGUACAGUCAAUAACACAAUAGAAAAUAGAAAAUCUAUAUACAGUGUGUGCAAAUGUAGUAAGUUAUGGAGGUAAGACAAUAAAUAGGCCAUAGUGCAAAAUAAUUACAAUUUAGUAUUAACACUGGAGUGAUAGAUGUGCAGAAGAUGAUGUGCAAAUAGAGAUACUGGGGUGCAAAUGAGCAAAAUAAAUAACAACGUAAAUAACAAUAUGGGGAUGAGGUAGUUGGGUGGGCUAAUUACAGAUGGGCUCUGACAACUGAUGCUUAAAGUUAAUGAGGGAGAUAAGUGUCUCCAGCUUCAGAGAUUUUUGUAGUUCGUUCCAGUCAUUUGCAGCAAUGGAGGAUUCUUUGACGAAAGCAAAGUUUGAAGGACACAAUUAUUAUUUAUAUUAAAAAAUCAUCAUUUCUAAACUUGUCAAUGACAACAUUUCCUAUGCAUUUUUCAAUAUUUCCUAUUCAAACUCAUUUCAUGUAUGUUUUCACUGCCACAUGGUGAUGUGCCAGUGUUAAAUAUCUGUCUAUCUAUGUUGUACUGAUGUUAGUCUCGUGUUCAGAUUCCCGGGGCUUGGUCUGCUGUCCCUAUCUAUAGUGUACUGAUGUUAGCCUCUGUGUUUAGGUGUGUUAUAAGUCUCUAUCUAUGUUGUACUGACGUUAGUCUCUCUAUGUCCAGGAGCGGCGUCCAGGUCGCUUGAGUCGGAGGCCGGCAGGCAGCCCUAUAAACAUGAACCAGUAUGCUAAUAAGAAGAGUGCAGCAGAGAGCAUGCUGGAUGUGGCGUUACUCAUGGCCAAUGCCUCCCAGCUGAAGGCUGUCCUGGAGCAGGGCCCAGAAUUCACCUUCUACACCCCCCUCAUCACCUUCAUCUCCGUGUCCCUCAUCCUGCAGAUCACUGUGGGCGUCCUGCUCAUCUUCAUUGGUGGGUCUCAGUUCUAUUUUAUUCUAUUCAACUUUAUUUAUCCCCUCCGAGGCAAUUAAGAAAGUCACUCCUGUUUGGCUCUGGCGCUAACCAGCAAUGUCCUCUUCCUCAUACUGACUGCAACCCAAUAAUAUCUCCUUUCUCCUGAAGAGUGAAGUCAUUCAAUACUUCCCACAAAUCUAAAAGCAUUGGAUUGGUGGAGGCAUGGGCUAAAAGGAUGUCCCCCCAUAUUUCUUAUACCAGUCAUUUCAUUUGAAAUCAGUGAAGGGAAGCGCACACUUUGGGAGGAAGGAGAGAUCAUUUGGACGUAGCCACAGAUUGAUGAUGAGGCAUGGGGCCAAGAGUUUUUCCUGACCAUGUGACCUGACAAACUCCUGACCCUAUUGAUGAGACAUAAACACUUGGUUUAUAGUGCCAUUGUUUCUCCUCAGCUCCAAGAACAGAUUAACUUCCUACAUGUUUCUGACCCUAACUUAUGUUUGAAUGCCAACAAACAUUAUGUGUGUCUGUAGGCCUAUGAAUGCCUCUCUCAAAAAAACGUUAUUAUCUGUGUACCUGGCUAUAACGUCCUUAUCUCCCCCUGCCAGGGCCUCCUAUUGUGUGGGUGGGAGAGUUAAAGAAUAGGACCAUUGGAGACAGUGUUUGUAUAUCCAUUGUAUUUCUCCUCUCAGUUGGUUCAAAUUAGGAAUACUUAGUUUAAUGUCCUAAGGCAGAAUUGCUAACAUUACAGGAGGUGUGCCUCUUUAUUGAGUCAGCAUGUGAAAAAUGCUUAACUGGGCUUCAACUCUCACAACAACUCCCACAACAACAUAUUGGCAUUCCUUUCUAGUGAGGCAUAUAAUUAAUGUCCUAGAUAAUCAUUCACCUGAGGAUAGGAAAUGUAAAAUGCUGUAUCUUCAUAUCACAUGGUUCAAUAAUGAUGAGUUAAAUAUGCCAACACUGGAUAUUUGAUGGUUCAAAAGCCAGGCCUCGGUCUGAUUAUUUAAAAGUGCAUCCUUCCUAUAGGAAGGCAGGAUCAGAAAUGACUGGACAGGUGAAUACCAUCCUGUGGUGGAGCCCUUGAGUUCACUUGUCCAAUCUUGUCUACUCACUCAGUGAUUUUGUCAAGGAAGGGGAAGAGGAAGAAUGCACUUUUAAGGAAUUCAAACAGGGCCCCAGUCUUAGAAACAACUCUGACAUAGCUCCCUCUGUUGGUUGCUUUCUAUGAACUGAGGACAUGCUUGGAGCCAGCAAGCUAAUCCUCAACAUGUUUGUGUUCUUCUCUUGUUCUGCAGUGAAGUGGAACCUGAACGAUGAGAGCACACACUUCAAGCUGACCAUUAUGGAGAACAUUGUCACAGCACUCAUCUUCAUCAUUGUUGUAGUCAACGUCUUUAUUACAGCCUUUGGUGUCCAUAAGCCCAAUCCAAAAGCUUAA